AUGAAUUCCGAGUUUCAAACUCGAUUUGUUUAUUUGAGUUGUUUUCUCGGAUUCACCACUAACAGCUUUUUACUUUAUUUUAUUCUAACAGAUAAAUCGAAGAAUCACAAUGGAUAUAAACGAAUUUUGGGCAUUAUCACACUUUAUAAUCUCUACUAUGGGCUUGUGCAUGCUGUCACGGAUAUGGGAUUUCUUCUCGAAAAAGACGGUUUCGUUAUGUUCAGCAAACGGAUGCAAUCAUAUGGUUUUUGGGCCUCCUAUUUGGCAACAAUGCCAUCACCGGAAAGAAAUCGUGUGAGUCGCGAGAAUCUGCUGAGAAAGUACAAUGUGAGCAUCGAGAAUCUCGGAUAUUUAGGGCCACUUUAUAUGAUAACGAAUGAUAAUGGAAACACGAAAAUACUGUGGAAAAAUCUCGUCGGGAGUAUUGGAUGUCUCGGCCUGCUCGGUGUUUUUUAUACAGCCAUUUGUCUAUUCGGAUUAAAGCUCUUCCUUUUCAUUCGCUCAUCGCUCGUCAGCGAGCGAACGAAACGAAUGAAUUAUCAAUUGAUGCGAUUGUUUCUCAUUCAGGCGGUUGUGCCUCUCUUCUUUGAAUAUGUUCCUUGUUUCACUAAUGUUGCAGCUGGACCCCUAGACUUUCCAUAUUACGAAGAGAUUGGCUAUUAUCAACCGAUCUUUGUCUCAUUGUAUCCAUUCAUCGAUUCAACGAUGGUUUUCGUUGGGUUCAGGGAUUACCGUAAUCGUAUCCUUUCCUCGAAGCCCAUUCAAUCUCUUCGAAAUCUCAAACGUUCACGAAUUUUCACUUCAAGAUCCGGCUCACAAUUCCAAAAU